CGUUCCGUGCCGUGUUGGCAGUACUGAGGCUGAGCUGAGGAGGAGGAGGAGGAGUUUUGUGGGGUCACUUCCACUCAGAAGACGCUGAGCUCGAGACGUACAGGCUGACUUUAGAGGAAGGGUUCCCCGGUUUUGAGACGGAAGAACCUCCACAUAUGUUUUUUUUUUUUUCAUCUUUUGUACUACGAUGUCAUGAGCGAGAAGGUCGCCGCGUUCGGACUCUUUGUCCUCGUUUGUUUCCUUUUGUCCCCUGAUUGACUGACCACCGCUUUCUCCUGCUGUGAUACAAAGCACGCCGUCCACACAGGAUGUGGUCCAGAGGGGAUUUUGAAGACGGAUACGAAUCGAAUAAAACAGGCUCCAGUAGUGGUGGCUCUCCAGGCUGGGUCCCGGGCCAUGAAUCAGCUUGGCACAGCAACCCCCUUGGCCCCGGGAGCAGUAUCUAUGGUGGGCGUCGUCACAGCACAGUGUCUGACAGCGGUGACACUGGCAUCGGCACUUACUACUCUGACAGCGUGGAAGACGACUCCAGUUCCAGUACCACGCCUUUGUCUUUCCAGCCACUUUCCCAGCACCACCUGGGCCAGGAUGAUGAUGGCAUCCCCACUGUCCUCGUCAAGCCGUCCCCAUCGUCCUCACCCAACACCAGUUUUAGAGUACCAUCCUCACCCAGCAGCGCAGGUCGUUGGAGCAGGUCUUGCCAGCUGCUUUCGCCAACCGUGUCUCACCUGGGUGCACCAAACUGUCUGGACAUGAAGGACCACCAGCCCAUCCGCAGGUGGUCCUCUCUCACCAAGCUGUCAUCUGGGGCUGAUAAGAGCUCCAUCAGGACACCAGGCUACCACUACAGCCCAGACUCACAAGGCUCGUUGGACAGAAGUCUGCUGUAUGGGUACAGAAAGGAACCCCUUGGUUCAAAUGUGGACCUUUAUCUACCUUUAUCUUCCUCGUUGCUCUGCCAUAGUUUGCUACAGCGCUCGCCGGGUGCCGGCCCCUGCUACAGGUACAACCACAACAGUAGGUCCACUGGGUUGGAGACAGGCCUGUCCCUUUCCUCAGCUCUGUCAUCACCGGUAAAACACAACAGUCUGGACAUGAAUUACAGUGCUUUACCAGAAACUAGACGAGCUCGGGGAGGUGGGCAGGUUCUUGGCCUCAACUUACCCAAACAAGCAGACUCAUCAGUGGGUCAUCAGGCGGACAGAGGCUCCCCAAUUCAGCCAGCAGUUCGCACACAGAUGUGGCUGACUGAGCAGAUGGAGUACAGGCCCAAAGCUGAGCGUGGAAGUGAACUGGGUCAGACCAGUGGCGCUGGAACAGAGGGCUACGGUGGAGAUGGACCUUCACCAUGGCAACAGGGACAUCAACAGGAACCAGGGCUUAACCAGGUGCUGAUGGGGACGUCCCUUCCUGUCAACACUCUGGUGAAGGUUAAAGAGGGACUGCUGAGACAGAGAGAACUGGAGAUAGACAGACAAAAGCAGCAGAUCUUACAGCUCCAUGCCCGGAUCAGAGAGAAUGAGCUCAGAGCCCAGCAGGUCCUGCAGAGCCAGAGAGGGUGGUUUGACGACCCCCACAUCCUGAAUACUAAGGAACCAGCGAUGAGGACGCCAAUCAAACAGCCCUCUGAUAGGCUGUGCUGUGAUGAAGAUCUUGGUAGGAAGCUAGCAGUGGCUGAACUGGAAGUGCUCCAUUUGAAUGAGUUAUUCAAGCAAGUCACACAGAAAUAUGCAGAGGACAUGAGAAAACUGGAGGACAAGAUAAAGACGAGGGAUCGCUACAUCAGCAGUCUGAAGAAGAAGUGUCAGAGAGAGAGCGAGCAGAGCCAAGAAAAACAGCAGCGCAUCGAGACGCUGGAGAAAUACCUGUCUGACCUGCCCACGCUGGACGAGGUGCAGGCCCAGGCCCAGCAGCAGGAGGAGGUCCAGCAGAAAGCCAAGGAUCUGGAGAAAACGGUUUCUCAGUUGGAGCAGAGCCUGGAGGAAGGACGUGCUCUGAUGAAGGAGAAGGACAUGAAGAUCGAGAUGCAGGCCAAGAGAGAGAAGGAGCUGAUCGCAUCUGUGCACAGCCUGCAGCAGAAGGUGCAGCAGUGUUUGGAUGAUGGGGUGAGGUUGCCCAUGCAAGACCUGAAGCGGCUUGAGGUGGAAAACACUCAGCUUCUGGAGCAGCAAGACCACAGCAGCAGGAUGAUUGAGCAUCAGAAAGAACAGAUUGAAAGGCUGAACUUGCAGUUAACGGCCACCAGUACAAGACUGCAAAAGAAGAGAGGCCUGUCUCAUCGACAGCUGUCUCACCAGGAGGACAGCCUGCUCACCCCAUCCAGAGCCUUCCCACAGCCGCGGCAGGCGGACGAAGGCUUGUUGGUGCAUCCUCUGUCCCACAAGGAAAUGCCAGAGGUGGGCCGGCUGCUGAAAGAGAUGUCCCUGUGUCUACUGGACCUCCAGGCUCUGUGCAGCAUCCUGACUCAGAGAGCACAGGGGAAAGAGCCCAACCUGUCUCUGCUCCUGGGCAUGAAAUCAUUGAGUGUCUCAGCGGAGGAGAGCGACAGCAGAGAGGCAGCCGAAGAAGAACUGAGGUUCAAGCUGCUGGAAGUCGGCCAGCUGAGGAGAGACAUCGACGAGCUGAGGAAAAGCAUCUCAGACCGAUAUGCUCAGUAUAUGGGCGACAGCUGUGUCUCCCAGUGACGACGC